AUGUCUGCGAUUCACGGUGACCACAAAGACCUGAGCGAGAAAGACCCUCGCUUCCACGAUGUGACGAAUCAAAUCGAGAACAGCUCGCAGAACAGUGGCGAGGAUGUUGUUGUUCAAGACUGGACUCCUGAGGAAGAGAGGAAGAUUGUCUGGAAAGUCGACUUCCACGUCUUUCCCAUGCUGUGCAUCGUGUUUGGCCUUUCCUUGCUUGAUCGUAGCAACAUAUCCGCGGCAUAUAUCGCCGGGAUGGCCAAAGACUUGCAGCUCACCGGUGCGAGAUACAACAUCGCUCUGCUAGUGUUCUUCAUUGGGUAUGGGCUUUUUGAGCUGCCGUCAAACUAUGUCAUUCGACGUAUCGGAGCAAGGUGGUGGCUGAGCUUCUUGAUCAUAUCGUGGGGAGCUUGUGUGCUUGGCAUGGGUUUCGUCGAAAACUGGUCGAUCCUCGCUGCCCUCCGUGCUCUUCUCGGCAUCUUCGAAGCUGGACUCUUCCCGGGAGCCAUCUUCAUCAUCGGCACAUGGUAUCGCCAGUUUGAGACCGCUCGAAGAAUCUCCAUCUUCUACAUGGCUGCCCUCCUCGCUUCCGGGUUCGGCCCGAUCUUCGCGUAUGCAUUGUCAUUGAUCGGUGUCGGGAACGGAAUUUACCAGCAAGGUUGGCGAUGGAUCUUCAUCGUCGAAGGUAUUGUCACUGUCGUUGCCGGUAUCAUCGCUCCAUUCUUCCUCAUCGAAUUUCCUGAGCGGGCACGAUUCCUCGACGACCGCCAAAAGCACAUCGCUCUUCAGCGGGUAAAGGUCGAGAGAUCCAGGAUCACAAUCGAACAUCCCACCGCGAAGGAAUCAUUCGUCAUGUUGCUUGACUGGAAGCUCGGUUGCUACGCCAUUCAGUACUUCAUCGCCGCUUCAUCCGUCUACUCGAUCGCCUUUUUCGCACCGAUUAUUCUCCGCGAAGGCCUUGGGUUCAGCUACGCCAAAGCCCAACUACUUUCCUCUCCACCUUACGUCUUCACCAUCUUCGCCUCCAUCGCGGGCGCAUACAUCUCCGACAAAAUCCGCAUGCGUUGGCCGAUUCUUUGUUUUCAGGCCGUGGUGGCGAUUGUAGGAUUGCUGGUUGUUUUGUACGGUGGUGCUCCAGGCGUGAGGUAUUUCGGACUAUUCUUGGCCACGUAUGGUACUCAGGGCAAUAUUCCCGGAACCCUGACCUUUGGACAGAAUCAGACACCUCGGCUGGCCAAAAAGGGAGUAGUCGCAGCAGCGAUGAUCACUGCCGGCGCUGUGGGCGGCGUGUGUGGCUCGACCAUUUUCCGACGUCAAGACGCGCCUCAAUAUCUUCCCGGCAUGUGGGCGACGAUUGCGAUGCAGAUUGUAUACAUUGGCGUGACGGCCGCUUUGUCUUUCCAUUUCACCAGGCAGAAUCGGAAGGCCGACCGGGAGGGCAAGAUCUUGGAGAAGGUGGAGGGUUUUAGGUAUGCGCCUUGA